UUUUUAAAAUAAAAUAAAAAUAAAAUUCGUGCGAAUAAAUUUUAAAUAUUUUUUACUGUUUAUUGUGCGUGAUAGAUAAUAUAUUUUUGGAGUGCUUUACUUAAUAGGAAUCGGGGCGAUUAUUGUGAUAAAAUUAAAUUAUGGAAGUGUUGAAAUGUGUUUUGGUGCUGUUAGCGACUUUCACAGUGCCCAGAGAAGUCGAAUGCAACUGCCAUCUAUCAACAAGCAAGGACUUCGGACAUCCGUCUCCGGUGUAUUUACAAGAUGGCGGAUUUUUGGCGCCAAACUCGCGUGGUGACGUCAUCGUGCGGCGCGGCGCGGGGGUAACAGUCGCUUGUCCGGGAGACAGGCGUUAUAUUGUCUUGGGGAAUGAUACUACUGAGCAGCAGGAUGUGCUAGCUCAUUGCGUGUCAGAUAAGACGUUUCGCGUGGGUCCUUGGCAGGGCCUCUUCGCUAACAUCACGUGCAACGGACCACCCUGGUUCUCAUCGGAGGAGGUGCAGACCUGUGUGGGAAGGAACAAACUGUAUAGAGUGGGCUACCGAAUCAAGAAUACGUUCCACUCACUGUACGAAGCAUGUUUCGACCCUGGCUUAAUCCACACGCUUUAUGUCAAGCACCAGUUGACACCCAGAACAAAGUCCACCCAGAGCGGGGGUAACAGGUCGCAGUUCAUUGAAGGAGGUCUCUUCGGUAAAGUGCGCAUGUCCCAGUUGUACAAGAACAAAUACCAGAAAGAGCGGUUAAAUGAAGUGCUUGGAGCGGACAUGGACAAGAAAUAUAUCACCAAGAAUCAGUUCCUAACUCGCGGUCAUCUAGCUCCUCGGGCAGACUUUCCAAUGCGCGCGGAGCAGCGAGCCACUUUCCACUACGUGAACACCGCGCCGCAAUGGAUGCGCGGGAACGCUGGAGACUGGGCCGCCCUGGAAGAUGGCCUUCGCCGUCGCGUCCAGACCCUCAACAGGACCAUAACCCUCUUCACGGGCACAUUUGGAGUCCUACCACUGGAUGACAGCAGGGGAGCCUCCACAGAGGUCUAUCUGACUACAGACGCGAAUAACAACGGAAUUGUACCUGUACCAAUGUACUUUUACAAGUUGGCCUACGACCCAUUAAGGAAAACCGCCGCAGCGUUCGUAACCAUCAACUCAUCAUUUUACAACCGCACGGUCAAUGACCGUUUGACGUUUUGCAGCGACAUCUGUGAGGGAGAUCGUAACUACUCGUGGUUAAAAUGGCGGGCGGACGAUACGCACAGCUUUUGUUGUAAUUAUGAAGAAUUUGUUGAAAAAGUCGACUUUCUGCCCAAGUUGAAGGUUAUUGGGGACUUCUAUUAGAAACAGAGGUUAACUAAAAGCGUAGGCGGCAUCAUUGUUAAGUGUUCAUAAAUUUUGUCAGUUCUCUACAAGGGUGAAUAUCAAAAUGUGCCAAGUUUGGUGGCGAACUGUCAUAUAAUUUUUUCGUGAAAAAUUGGGUUCCGACAUGGAUCCAAAAGGAUUAUAGUGUAAAAAUAUAACCAAAACAAUGUUUGUUUACUCCAGUAGUAUGACGAACUGUCAAAAGUCUGUGUAAGAGAGGUAAGAACACUCAACAGUAGCGACACCUGAUGGCAGAAAUAGGCAGUUUUUAUCAUUGUGUCGAGUCCUAACUUAUCGUCGCGUCGGUUGUUGGGACCCUAGCCAGUUUUAAUCCCUUAAAACUAGUAUUAAGUAGGUAUAGAUUAUUGAGACUACCGUCACACCUAGGCCCCAAUUCUAAAAAUCAUCGUUCCCUAAAAUAAGCCCAACCUGGGUCUGAACCUGGGACAUAGUUUGAUGGUUAAGGUGGUCAACAACUUUUAGUAGUUGUUUUCUAAAUAGUGCAAUUAAAAGAAAGUUUAUACAUCAUAUAUUUUAUUUUUUUAACUCAUUUUAACAACAUUUGAUAUAAUUAUUACAAUUUAUUUUCAAUAAAUUUUUGCCUAAA